AUGAUUGAAGUGAUUUUGAACGAUCGCUUGGGAAAGAAGGUCCGCGUCAAGUGCAACGAGGACGAUACCAUUGGAGACCUGAAGAAGUUGGUGGCUGCACAAACCGGCACUCGCCCCGAGAAAAUCCGCAUCCAGAAGUGGUACAAUAUCUACAAGGACCACAUCACGCUGGCAGACUACGAGAUCCACGACGGCAUGGGCCUUGAGCUGUACUACAAUUAG